AUGGCAGACAGGCAGGUUUUCACUUGCCCAGCUUUCCAGGGGACGUUCCGACAGCAUCCGAACCCCCGGGCUGCAAAGGCGGCCUGGGUCGGCAGCGCCUGGCCACCGAGCACAGCCCGGGGCACCGAGCACAGCCCGGGUGCCCACGCCUCCGCCCGCGCGGCCUCGGCGGCGGUCGCCGCGUCUCCCUCUCCCUCUCCCACCCUCCAACUUUCGCCCCCUGCCCCACACGGGCCUGCCCUCCAGGGCGCCGCGGGCCGGGGGGCCCACACACGGCCGUGGUGCGUCCCCUCCCCGCGUGCGGGGGCAGCCGUGGACGUGCGGCCCCCUUCGGCUGACCACCGCCUUGGCGAAGUUCGCAGCUCGAUCAGAAAGAAGCUCCAUUACCUAGGUACAUCCCAGCCCCCUCCCGAAACAACAAUAACAAAAAAAAAAAAAAAAAAAAAAACCACCUCCACGGGAAGUUCGCCCGUGAACCGCAGGCGGGCCCGGCGGGUCCUCCCCAAGCCCGGCUCCGCAGGUAGCCGCGCAGCCCCCUCGACCCCGGCCCAGCUCGGCCGCCCCCACGCGUCCCCACGCGCGCCGCGCCGCUCGGGCAACUUUUGCAGCCGCGGCCCGGCCCGCCGCCCGCUCCGGAGCCCCCCGGGCCCGCGACCCCCGCCCGCAGGCCCCCCGCCGACCCCAGCCCACCCAGCCGCACCCGCGAGCGGCGGCGGCGGCGGGGGCAGCGGCCGCUCAUCGCAGCCGCCGGCGGCCGGAGGAGGCGAGCGAGCCACGCAGGGAGGGAGCGAGCGAGCGAGCGAGCGAGGCAGGGGAAGGCGCGCGAGAGGGAGGGGACGCAGCGCCGCUCGGACCCUGGGCCCGCGCUCCUGCCGCUGCCGCCGCCGCCUACCGCCGCCGCUGGCCGGAGAGUCGCCGCCCGGGCCGCUGCUGUCGCCACCGAUGCAGCCGGCAAUGAAUGCACAGCGGCGCCUCGCUUAUCCGGAGGUCAAACAUCCUUCGGCCUCGGGCAUCCGGAUCGGCGCCGGACCCGGAAGUGAACGCAUGGAAAAAAAAAAUAAAAAAAGGAAAGCGUCUCUUCAGCGGCCGCCGCGGCCCCCAGGCAGCCCGCAGCCACGGAAAGAGCCGAGUCCAGCCGAAGAUUACACCGGCCCGCCCGAUUGGUCGGAUCGCUGA